GUGACCUGAACGUUGGGGACCUCCAGGAAAAGUAUUCUGUCCUGUGGAAAGAGUUAGAGCCAAAAGCCAAAAUGAAAGUUAUAGUACUUGUCACCGUCGGGCUAACCCUGCUGCUAGGAGUCCAAACCAUGCCUGCAAAUCGUCUCUCUUGCUACAGAAAGAUACUAAAAGAUCGCAACUGCCACAGCCUUCCAGAAGGAGUUGCUGACCUCACAAAGAUGGAUGUAAACGCCCAGGGUCAUUUCUGGGAUGGAAAGGGAUGUGAGAUGAUCUGUUACUGCAACUUCAGCGAAUUGCUCUGCUGCCCAAAAGAUGUCUUCUUUGGACCAAAGAUCUCUUUUGUGAUUCCUUGCAACCGUCACUGAGAAUCUUCAUGCAUUCUGGAGAGCACCAUCGCCAAUUUCCUAGAAACUGCGCUAUAUCAGUGUAACUGCAUUUCUAGUUUCUAUCCAGUGCAAUAAAGCAGAUUCUAUAAAUUCUUGCUUGUC